AAAAGGUGGUCCAAGGUGCAGAAUGUCUUUUCGCCCCAGAAACCUGAACCGGCGAGGAAACCCGUCUUAAAAGUUGUGUGUUUGUGCUGCGGAUGUUCGGGGACAGUUGGACGGACUUCUCGCCUUCUUGAGCAGCAGACAGGUGACCAUGGCAGAACAGAGAGUGGGAGAGCUGCUGCCAGAGGACGUUGACACAGAUGACUGUAUGACCUCAUACACACACAUAUACAGUCCGGAUUUACUGCAGGAUCAGGUUGCUUUCAUCACCGGCGGCGGGUCUGGAAUUGGAUUGCGGAUAUCUGAAGUGUUAAUGAGGCAUGGCUGUGACACGGUGAUUGCGAGUAGGAACCUGGACAAACUCAAAGAGGCCGCCGCCAAGCUGUCUGCAGCGACUGGGCGUCGCUGUCUCCCCGUGUGCGUCGACGUGAGGCAGCCUGAGACCAUCGCAGCAGCUGUGGACCAAGCACUGGGACAACUGGGUCGAAUAGAUAUCCUGGUUAACAACGCAGCUGGAAACUUCCUAUGUCCCGCCACCUCCCUCUCCUUCAAUGCUUUCAAGACUGUCAUGGAGAUCGACACCAUGGGCACAUUUAACACCAGCAAAGUGGUGUAUGAGAAGUGGUUAAAGGAUCACGGAGGAAACAUAGUGAACAUCUCAGCGACGCUUGGCUACAGAGGUCAGGGCCUCCAGGUACACGCCGGUUCUGCCAAGGCUGCAAAUGAUGCCAUGACCAAGCAUCUGGCGGUGGAGUGGGGGCCCAGCGGAGUGAGGGUUAACACCCUGGCCCCGGGACCUAUCUCUGGCACAGAGGGCUACCGUAGACUGGGCGGACCUCGGGGGGAGGCUGCUGGUGCAUUCCGGAGCAUUCCGCUGCAGCGAGCAGGGAACAAGACGGAGAUGGCCCACGGGGUUCUGUUUCUGGCCAGCCGGGCCUCAUCCUACGUGACCGGGGCCAUCCUGGUGGCGGACGGAGGAUCGUGGCUUACCUCGGCCAACGACGUGUCGAUGCUGUUGGGUAUAGCCUCCUCUAAAUCUGCUAAGCUCUGAAAAGACCCUCCCCUCUGCUCCUCCCCCGCCUCACCCAGGUUAUUGGUCAUCAGAGAAGAAGAGAGACAAGUAAGCGAAGAUAAGAGCGGGUCAGGGGUCAUUUGCCGGUUAUACUCGCUACGUCUGAUCCCUGCCAACCAACUCGGUGUCGCCAUAGCCGAACACCCUAAGUGCCGAAUGUGUCCUAGAAAACGUCUUAACAAAUGUGUUACGCAUUUUGAGGGACCAAAUGGUAUCAAAUCCCCGGAAAGUCCGGCCCAACUGCUCAGUAGUGCGUUUUGUCCUUUACGUGUGAUUGUCAACAUAAAUAAACCCUUCAUAACUGCGAGUAUUUGUGGUUGCAGUUCGGUCAUGGACUCUUGUUAUUCUCUUGUGAGACUUCCCGUAUUUGCCUCAUCGAGUCUAAAUAAAAGUGGUAAGACGGUCGAGUUUUCCGCCUCUCGUUUCAUCGGCCGAGCGUGUUCAGACCCUCGCGCUCUCUCAGCGGGCGUUAUAACGCAGCGCUCGCUCUUCGCCCCGAGUCACGGGGGGCCGGCGGCGCGCGGCACAAAGCUCCGCUGACGAGCGCCACAGUGCCGCGUGGUUUCACCUGGGGGCGGAAAAGGAUCAGAAACGCAGAAGUGCUGAACGGCGCAAACACGCCGAAUAGUUGUUUUGUGGUCAUUGCAGGGUGGUUUCACUGGCGAGUUAGGGGCGGUUCGUCCCUUUUUACACGCAAAUGAACGCAUGAACCCUGUCCGGUCGUCUGUGAAUGGUAAAAAAAAAAAAAUCAAAAAAAUAAAUCAUGGUGAUGAAGGACGAGAAGAUCCCGUUUCACGUUAGGACAUUGAGAUGCGCUCAGAAACGACGUGCGAGUUCUUGUGCGCACCCAUCCAGCUCAUUAAUGCGACUGUAACUGAUGUGUAAUUCAUCGGUCUGUGUGUGAUUCAUCAGCAUAUUUUGUUUAUUCAAUGAAGGCGUUUUAGGUUAAAACAAAAAAUAAUAAAAGUGUUU